UCAGGUGAAGGUCAGCAGGUUUUAUUUUUUUGUGAUCAGAAAAACAUGUGGCUCUUUGGGGGGGAAAAAUCAUCAGAUGAAACGAAGGAAAGGCCUGUCUCACCUGGACCCAGCUGUGUGUCCUUUCAGAGUGACGGCUCAAUGGUGCAGCCUCUCAGUUUUACAGAUGGAGCAUCCUCUGUGGAAAGUGAAACGAAGGAAAGGCCUGUCUCACCUGGACCCAGCUGUGUGUCCUUUCAGAGUGACGGCUCAAUGGUGCAGCCUCUCAGUUUUACAGAUGGAGCAUCCUCUGUGGAAAGUGAAACGAAAGAAAGGCCUGUCUCACCUGGACCCAGCUGUGUGUCCUUUCAGAGUGACGGCUCAAUGGUGCAGCCUCUCAGUUUUACAGAUGGAGCAUCCUCUGUGGAAAGAACCCCAAAACAGGAACCAGAAAACAGCUGCAGAAAUUGGAUGGAGUCCGUAUUCCAGCUGGAGCACAAAGUCAUCACAUUGGUGAAGAAUGAACUGAACAAUUUAAAGAAGCUACUGAGUGCUGAUUACCCAGAAUGCUCUGAGAAGGAGGAGAAAGCGGAGGAGGAGGAGGAGGAGGAUCUGGACCAUAUUAGAGAGAGUGUGCUGAAGAUCACACUGCGUAUCCUGAAGAACCUGAAGCAGAAAGAUCUCGCUCACCAACUGCAGAUCAAGCUGGCCUCUGUAUAUCAGCGAAAACUCAAAUCCAGACUUGGAGAUAAAUUUAAAAGGAUAAAUGAAGGAAUCUCCCAGCAUGGGACAUCAGUACUUCUGAAUCAGAUCUACACAGAGCUCUACAUCACAGAGGGCUGGAGUGAAGACGUCAGUGAUGAACAUGAGGUGAGACAGAUUGAGACAGUGUCCAGGAGACCAGUAACAGAGGAGAAACCCAUCAAAUGUAAUGAUCUCUUUAAAGACACGUCCAUCAGAAGUGUGCUGACUAAAGGAGUUGCUGGAAUUGGAAAAACUGUCUCUGUGCAGAAGUUCAUUCUGGACUGGACUGAAGGGAAAGUGAAUCAGGACGUCACCUUCAUGUUUCCACUUCCCUUCAGAGAGCUGAAUCUGAUGAAGCAGCAAAACCUCAGUCUGAUGAAUCUUCUUCAUCAGUUUUUCCCCGAUAUUAAGGACCUAGAAGUAAUAGACAGUGAUACCUACAAAAUCCUGUUGAUCUUUGAUGGUCUGGAUGAGUGUCGACUUCCUCUAGAUUUCCAGAACAAUGAGAGAUUGUGUGAUGUGACAGAGUCGGCCUCAGUGGAUGUGCUGCUGACAAACCUCAUCAAGGGGAACCUGCUUCCCUCUGCUCUCCUCUGGAUAACCACUCGACCAGCAGCAGCCAAUCAGAUCCCUUCUGAGAGUGUAGACCAGGCAACAGAGGUACGGGGGUUCAGUGAUCCUCAGAAAGAGGAGUACUUCAGGAAGAAGAUCAGUGAUCAGAGCCUGGCCAAUAAAAUCAUCACACACAUGAAGUCUUCAAGAAGCCUCUACAUCAUGUGCCACAUCCCAGUCUUCUGCUGGAUCUCAGCCACUGUUCUCGAAAGAAUGUUAGGUGAAGCAGAGAGUGGAGAGAUCCCCAAGACUCUGACUCAAAUGUUCACACACUUCCUUAUCUUUCAGAUCAAACACAAGGAACAAAAGUACCAUGGAACAUAUGAGCCUGAUCCUCAGCAGACCAGAGAGAGUAUCCUGGCACUGGGAAAACUGGCUUUCCAACAGCUGGAGAAAGGAAACCUGAUCUUCUAUGAGGAAGACCUGAGAGAGUGUGGCAUUGGUGUUCAAGAAGUGGCAGUGUACUCAGGGGUGUGUACUCAGAUCUUCAGAAAAGAAUCGGGACUCCACCUGGGGAAGAUGUUCAGCUUUGUGCAUCUGAGCAUUCAGGAGUUUUUGGCUGCGUUGUAUGCAUUUCUCUGCUUUCUUGACAAAACCCCAACAAAAGAGCAAACUACUGCUCUGUCUGGUCUUUUCAACACACCAGAAAUGUCUGACUUCCUCAAAGGUGCAGUGGACCAGGCCUUACAGAGUGACACCGGACACUUGGAUCUUUUCCUUCGCUUCCUUCUGGGCCUCUCAGUGGAGUCCAAUCAGAAGCUCAUUCGAGAUCUGCUGCCACACACAGGAAGCAGCUCUGACUGCCAGAAGGACAUAGUUGAGUACAUCAAGUUCAAGUUUGAACAAAAUCCAUCUCCAGAGAGAUUAAUAAACCUUUUCUACUGUCUGAAUGAGUUAAAUGAUGAUUCACUUGUGAAAGAGAUCCAAAGUUACAUGAGCUCAGGACAUCUCUCUGAAGCUGAACUCUCACCUGCUCAGUGGUCUGCUCUGGUCUUUGUGUUGCUGACGUCAGAUGAGGAUCUGGAAGUGUUUCAGCUACAGAAGUUCAUAAAGUCAGAUGAAUGCUUUAAGAGGCUGCUACCAGUCGUCCAGCAAGCCACAACAGUUCUGCUCAGUGAUUGUAACCUGACAGAGAGAAGCUACUCAGCUUUACACACAGUUCUCAGCUCUGAAUCCUCCAAACUGACUGAGGUGGAUCUGAGCAGUAACCAUCUGGAGGACUCGGGAGUGAAGCAGCUUUGUGUUGGACUGAAGAGUCCAAACUGUAAACUGGAGAAGCUGAGACUUUCAGACUGCAGGAUAACAGAGGAAGGAUACGCUGCUCUGGCUGAAGCUCUGAAAUCAUCCCACCUGAUAGAGCUGGAUCUCAGAGGGAACGACCCUGGAGCAUCAGGAGUGAAGCUGCUCACUGAUUUACUCCAGGAUCCAGACUGUAAACUAACAACACUGAGUUUGUUGAAACGUCCUGCUGCACAAGAGGCCUGUACUUGGCUAAAUUCAGUUUUAGGUGAAAACCCUUUACUCCUAAAAGAGCUGGAUCUGAGCAUGAAGGAACUAGGAGACUCAGGGGUGAAGAAGCUCUCAGCUCUACUGGAAGACUCUCACUGUAAAUUUCAGAAAAUUCGACUGUGUAACUGCAGUGUAGCAGCUGAAGGCUGUGCUGCUUUGGCUGCAGCUCUGGAAGAAAAUCCCUCACAGCUCAGAGAGCUGGAUCUGAGCGGGAAUAAAGCAGGAGACUCAGGAAUAAAGCAGAUCUCGAACCUCCUACAGAAUUCACACUGCCUCCUGGAAACACUCAAGUUGUGUCAGUGCCGUCUCUCUGAGGAAGAUUGUGGUGCUGUUGUAUCGGCUCUGAGAACAAACCCCUCACACCUCAAGGAGCUGGACCUGAGUGAGAACACAAUUGGAGACUCAGGAGUGAAGGAGCUCUCUGAUCUACUGCACAACUCAAACUGCACUCUGGAGAAACUGAAGCUGAGUAACUGCAGUAUUACAGUGAGCGGCUGUACUGAUCUGAUAUCAGCUCUUACUUCAAACUCUUCACACCUGACAGAGCUGGACCUGAGUGAGAACACACUGGGAAAUCCAGGAGUGAUUCGGAUCUCUACUCUACUAAAGAGCUCAUCCUGCAAACUCCAGACGCUUCGACUUUCAGACUGUAAUAUAACAGAGAAAGGAUACACUGAUCUGGCUGAAGCUCUGAAGUCACAGCGCUCAUCACACCUGAGAGAGCUGGAUCUCAGAGGGAACGACCCUGGAGCAUCAGGAAUGAAGGAGUUUAGGAAUUUGCUGAAUGAUGGAAAAUGUACACUGAGGUUGUUGAAAAGUCCCAAUGCACAGACAGCUUAUGAUCAUGUGACUAAAGUUGUGGGUAUAAACCCAAUCCUGCAGACGGACCUGAAUCUGAGUGGGAAAAUCGCAGGAGAUUCAGGAGCAGAGCAACUCUCUGCUUUACUGAAGGAUCCACACUGCAGAGCUGAAAAACUUCAACUCCGUGAGUGUAAUCUGACAGAGAAAGGAUGUUCAGCUCUGCUCACAGCUCUCAGAUCAGAAUCCUCCACCCUGAGGGAGCUGAAUCUGAGUCAGAACAGGAUUCAGGAUUCAGGAGUGAAGCUGCUCUCUGCAGAACUGAAGAAUCCACACUGUAAACUGGAGACUGUGAGACUUUCAGACUGCAGUAUAACAGAGGAAGGAUACACUGCUCUGGCUGAAGCUCUGAGACUAAACCCAUCAUCACACCUGAGAGAGCUGGAUCUCAGAGGGAACGACCCUGGAGCAUCAGGAGUCCAACAACUUACUGACUGCAAAACUAACAAACUGACACUCAGGUUGUUGAAAAGUGCUGAAGCAGAGGAAGCCUACAACCUUCUUACUCGAAUGUUCAGUAAAAACCCCUUACUGCACACAGAGCUGGAUCUGAGCGACAUAACAUCAGAAGACGACAGAGUGGAUCAGCUCUCGGCUCUGCUGCAGGAUCCACAUUACAGACUGCAGAAACUUGCGUAA